CGUUAGGAGCGGGAGGAAAAACCGUCCUUCGGGUCUCCGCCUCUCCACUCCUAACGCUUUACUCCCUACUCCCCCUGCGACCACUACACAGCCGGCUACGGAGGCCCCUAAUGUACAAAUAUCCCCCAGGCCCUUGCUUAUCCUGAUAGGUUUUGUCCUUUCUUAAUCCACCCAGUACUACUAAGGCCUUGUGUUCAGUUUUUCUCCGGGAUUCAGACUAGAGAGUUUCUUCCGGCGUAAGGAACUUCAACGCUCUUCACGGAAGUAAAAGUGUUUUUUUGGUUGUUGUUGCCGUUGUGGCUGCCCGCAUUCCUUCCCUCCCACCUCGCGGAAUUGUGGCGGGAGGGGGAGGAGGAAGUCAGGGCGCCUGCGCGGAGAGGCCGCUUUCCAUCCGGGUCCCUGUCCGUGCGGUGCAGCAGGUCGGUAGGCGGGAAAUGGCGACUGGCUGAAGGAGCUGGUUCUGUUGCUGCUGCGGGGUAAGCGGGAAAGACACCACACAUUGCGCAGUCGGGACCAUCGCCGGAGCCUGAGGACACUUCUCUGUCGUCACAGUUAGGUAAUCCCCUUCGUCCAGACGCCGCCGCUGCUUCCAAUCUUAGUCCUCCUCCUCUUACAGGGCCGUCUGCCGGGAUCUCCUCCCCUUCUAAACCUGGUCCUCCAGCGGCUCUGGCGCCUUGUUUUACAUGUGGCACCCAUAAAAGAUGAGGCUGAGAACACGGAAAGCUUCUCAGCAGUCAAAUCAAAUCCAAACACAACGCGCUGCCAGAGCAAAGAGGAAAUAUUCAGAGGUUGAUGAUAGCCUGCCUUCAGGAGGAGAAAAACCAUCGAAGAAUGAAACCGGCUUGUUGUCUUCAAUUAAAAAAUUUAUUAAAGGAAGCACACCUAAGGAAGAGAGAGAAAAUCCUUCAAAACGGAGUAGAAUUGAACGUGAUAUAGAUAACAAUUUGAUCACGUCAACACCAAGAGCAGGAGAAAAACCUAACAAACAGAUAUCUCGAGUAAGACGGAAAAGUCAAGUAAAUGGAGAAGCUGGUAGUUAUGAAAUGACAAAUCAACAUGUAAAACAAAAUGGAAAAUUAGAAGAUAAUCCUUCCUCUGGCAGUCCUCCAAGGACUACUUUGUUGGGGACCAUAUUUUCACCUGUCUUCAACUUUUUUUCACCAGCAAAUAAAAAUGGAACAUCAGGAUCAGAUUCUCCAGGACAGGCUGUGGAAGCUGAAGAAAUAGUAAAACAACUUGAUAUGGAACAGGUGGAUGAGAUCACUACCAGUACUACUACAUCAACUAAUGGAGCAGCUUACUCAAAUCAAGCAGUUCAAGUGAGACCAUCAAUAAACAAUGGUUUAGAAGAAGCAGAAGAAACAGUUAAUCGUGAUAUCCCACCCCUUACAGCACCAGUAACUCCAGAUAGUGGUUAUUCAUCAGCCCACGCGGAGGCCACCUAUGAAGAAGACUGGGAAGUAUUUGACCCCUAUUAUUUCAUCAAACAUGUCCCGCCACUGACAGAAGAACAACUAAAUAGGAAACCUGCUCUUCCGUUGAAAACAAGAAGCACACCGGAAUUCUCCCUAGUUUUAGACUUGGAUGAAACACUAGUGCAUUGUAGUUUAAAUGAGCUAGAAGAUGCAGCACUUACUUUUCCAGUCCUUUUCCAAGAUGUCAUUUAUCAGGUUUAUGUGAGAUUAAGACCAUUUUUCAGGGAAUUCCUGGAACGAAUGUCUCAGAUGUAUGAGAUCAUUCUUUUUACUGCUUCUAAGAAGGUGUAUGCAGACAAGUUACUGAACAUACUAGACCCUAAAAAGCAACUGGUCAGGCACCGGCUUUUCCGUGAACAUUGUGUUUGUGUACAAGGAAACUAUAUAAAGGACUUAAAUAUUCUUGGAAGAGAUCUUUCAAAAACUAUAAUAAUUGACAACUCACCACAAGCCUUUGCAUAUCAGCUUUCUAAUGGAAUCCCUAUAGAAAGUUGGUUUAUGGAUAAAAAUGACAAUGAACUCCUAAAAUUGAUUCCAUUCCUGGAGAAGCUUGUAGAACUGAAUGAAGAUGUUCGACCACAUAUCAGAGACAGAUUUCGCUUGCAUGAUUUGCUGCCCCCAGAUUAAGUACAAAGACUUGUCAAAUCACUGAAGGGGGAGAGAAUGCAGGACCCUUUUGGACUAAGACAAAAACAUUGCCAUUACUGUUGAAAUUUUGCAUUUUUGUACCCCGUCUUGCUUUUCUUAUCUUUGGUGCCCAAUAAUAAUCAAGGGUUACAGAAAGAGACUUUAUCUAUCUCAGAUCGAAUACAUAUAGUAGGUAGGCUAAAACAGAAGAGUCUUUAGAACUAGUGCAACUCCAGUGAAAUUUUUUAUGUACAGGACAUCUGCAGUUUAUAAAGAAUUCUGUUUCUGCCACCAGCAGUUUGACCUGUAGUCACACAGGAUUUUAUGAUAAUAACAGAGAUGAAAAUGGACUUUUAUUUUCUCUCUGUUUGGUGCUCUAAGUGGGUUUGUAGCCACUUUUCUGUUACUUUAUGAUUCUCAUUUCAACAGGAAUGGCCAGUAAAAGUUGUUUUAUUUUUCCUGUUAAGGUUUAUAACCUUUUUACAUUUUUGACCUGUAUUAGAUUAGAAUUUCAUUAUGCAUUCCUUUUAGUUGAGGCGCUUCAUAGUUUUCUGGAGAUAGUCGAUUUUUAGUUUUUUAUUAUACAUUUGAAUGGCCGUUUUCCUGCUUUGUCUGCCUGCACAUUGUAUAUUUGUUUAAAAAUAUUCUCUACUUUUAGUCUAUGUAAGUUUCAUUUAGAAAGACAUGCAUUUAUAUUUUGUUUCUGUAAUAUUCUACUGUAGGUGAAAUCUUUUCAAAAAUCAAGAGACUGGGUAGAUAAGAAUAUAUGAAUGACUAAUAUACAAAAGAUUUAAACCAUUGUGAUGGCGUAUAUUCUCAAAUGGUAGUAUCUUGCAAUGGCACACAGAUUUAAUGGAUAAAGGUAUACCUCAGACUUCACUGUGCUCACAAAUCUUUGAGGAGAAAGUUUGGUCACCUGUUUGGCUUGAUUUAGUUACUGCUGCCUUUGGUUUUCUCCAGGAAUGAAGUAUUCAGCACAGUGACUCAGUAUUUUUAGUUAUUUUGCAUGGGCUGGUAGUACCUCUGUUAUGCUCUCAGUUACAAUCAAUUUAAAACUGUAUAACAGUCUUGGUACCUAACAGUAGCUAUGCAUAAUCCUGUGGCACAGUACACUCCCAAGCCACCAAUGCAGUUAAUAUGCUCUCAUAGUGGUUUUUCUAUGCUAUAUGAAAAUAGUCUUCAAGCCUUGGUUCUCUAAUGCAGCUACCACAAGAGGUUGAUAUUUUUAUAGUGGCGUGUAAUCUCCUUUUCGGGAGGCUUUUUAUGGAAGGUAGAAUUUGUAAAAGUUCGUAUGCUUUGCCUCUCAACUGCAUUAACAUGCCACAGGCUCAGACUGUUUUUGUGUAAAGGAUGUCAAAGAACGGCACUUUUUCUAAAGAGAAGUUUGAUAUUUUGUAUGCUUGUUAAGAAAGUACAGUAUUGGAAAUUAAAGGUGGACAACUGAUAAUUGAGGAGUAUGUCAAUUAAUUUUUUAUGUAUAUUACCUGUUUACUUGUACAACUUACUGUACAAAUUACAUGCAGCUUCAUUUUCAAAUGAAUCCUUAAAAUAAGGAAAUUUUUAGGAAAACAUUUAAUUUUUGUAUUUUUGAUUUUAAAGGCAUGAGUUUUGUCAAUUUUCAGUGUAUUAAUGAAGAUUUUAACUUUUCAUCAGGUUGAGUGUUUUCUUACUAUAUUAUCUGUUGUGUAUGUAGUUAGCAUAUUGUGUCACUGAACUGUUUAAAAAUCUAGCAUGUAGAGCAAGCCUGUUUUGUGGAAAAUCCUUAUUCAUUAAAAAAAUAAUCAUGGCAGAUUUUCUGCAAAAAAAAAAACAAAAGCAUUUGCAAUUCAGAAUACUGAUUUUUUUAAUUUUAUUUAAAGAAAGGUAUUUUGCUUGCAGGAAAAAAAUACUACAGAUUCAUUUUAAUGAGAAUCUUUGAAAUGUAUUUAUCUUUAGGGCAUCUGGGCAUCUUUAUGCUGUUUGUCUUCUGUCUUUCUUGAAAUAAAAUGUACAUACGUUACCUUUACAUAUGCUCUUGCUCAAAAUUGUGAACCUAGUUACAUUUCUCCCUGCUCCCUUCCUUUUUAUGCUCAAACAGCGAAACCCAAAACUUAAAAGAUCUGAACUUUCAGCAUGCAUUCUGAUUGCUGAAAGAUUUCCUGAUUUAGUGCAUUCUCAAAAGGGCUUUCCCAUAAUCUAAAGGGAAAUGUAAGCACCUAUACUCUUGUGCUUGUGGGCACUUCAAUAAUAAAAACCAACUUUUUAAACUAAUCAUCUUUUAUCAAUGAUAAAGUUGUUUUCAGUCCCACACUAGGAGAGUUCCUUUAAGUCAGCUGAUCAGGCAUAAGAUACUUCCGUAAAGAAAUAAACUAAGAAAAUUUUAUAUGGCUUGAGAAAAUUCCUUGAGGCCAAAUUAACAUAUUUUUUCUUUGUUAUUUUAUUUGAGUCAUUUUAAAUUUGUUAAUACAAAAUUUAAGAUAAUUUACAGAGACAAUUUAUCCAGCUUCCUUCUACCUUAAUACAAUGUUUUGUCUUCCCAUUAUCCUCUCUUUUCUUUAUCUGUUGGUAGAUGUAAAAAACUUCCAUUUAGUUAAUCGGAGGUGUGUAUUUUUUAAAUUGAAAUGUGCCCAGCCCCUUCAGCUCACACAGGAAACAUGAACUCUUAAAAUUAAAACUGACUAGUAAAUGCAGGAGAGGUGGAUACCUGAUGAGACACAGCGAAAGUGACCUGUAUACACAUUACAACUCUGGAGUACAUAUUAAAGUCGUGCUAUUUCCAGUGGUAAAUGUCUUGACUUUUAAGACAUUCUUUUAAAUAUUUGUAUCAUUGUUAGGAUGUUUUAAUCAGUUGUUUUUUAAUUCCAUGUAAUAUAUGUAGCCCUCAUCAGAUUUAUAUCACCAUAUUUCUCCUUGUGUCCUAAGAGAAUUGAUGACAAUUCGUAACCAUAAAUUGUUUUAUAUUAGCUAGUAUGUAUAUUUAUUUUUACCCAAUGGCUUUAUCUGUUUCCCAAAAUUUGUUUGGGAUUUGUUGAAAGCAUUGUGUAACUUCUAUAAACGGCUAUUUUCUUGUAACUGUCAGUGAAA